GAACAGCCUGGACCAAGUGCCACACGUCAGGCUUGGCCGUGGUGUGGCCCAAGUGGGUAUGGUGAAGAGGUCUGGGGACCUUCAUCAUUUGCAUGUGGGACGCAGAGCCCACCAACAGCACCACCGGGGGGUGGCAGGGCGCAGGCCUUGCCCCACACUGGGGCCCCGGCCGGGGCAGCAGCUCCGUGCAGGGUUUCCUUCCUCCUGCACACCCUGCCUGCGCACCCACUGUGCAGCGAGCACCUCUCAUGUGAUCGGCAGCUUCCUGUGUGCCUCUGGGCCCUGGUGCCGGUGCUCCGGGCUGUGCUGUGCCAGGCGCUGCCCGAGCGCUGUGCCCCUGCCCCCGGGACAGCACCAUGCUGCGCCGCAAGCCCUCCAACGCCGGUGACAAGGAGCCAGGACACAGGAAGCUCUCCCUCCAGCGCUCCAGCAGCUUCAAGGACUUUGCCAAGGCCAAAGUCAGCUCUCCUGUGCUGAGCGAGAACGAGUUCAACCUGGAGGAGAAGAUCCCCAGGGAUGAGUCCAGCAGUGCCAGCCCCGAUGAUGCUGCACGGAGCAGUGGGAUGAAGCUGAGCAAGAAGUGGCGAGCAGUCAUCUCCCGCACCAUGAACCGCAAGAUGGGCAGGAUGGCCGUGAAGGCACUGGCUGAGGGGAAGGGAGACGUGGAGGAGGAGGAGGAGGGGCCCCUGUGCCCUCUGUCCCCAGCCGGCAGCACAGAGGAGCCAAGCCAUGAGAAGAUGCUGGUGCGAUACGUGGAGAUGGAGGAGGAUGAGCAGCCACCCCUCAGCAGUGAGCCUGGCUCUAGUGCAGCACUGGCUGGGCACAGCCUUGGCCCCGUCCACUCCAUGGGCAGCGAGGGGUCCGGCCGCAGGAGCCAGCAGCAGGGCAGCCCUGGCACAGCCUACACCGGCCCCUUCUGUGGCCGGGCCCGCGUCCACACUGACUUCACACCCAGCCCCUAUGACAGGGACUCACUCAAGCUGCGGAAAGGGGACAUCAUCGGCAUCAUCGAGAAGCCACCUGUGGGCACCUGGACUGGGCUGCUCAACAACAGGGUGGGCUCCUUCAAGUUCAUCUAUGUGGACGUCAUCCCUGAGGAGGCAGCUCCUGCCCGCAAGAGCCGGAGCCCCGGCCAGAGCAAGCGGCUCAAGCCCAAGACGCUACAUGAGCUGCUGGAGCGCAUCAACCUGCAGGAGCACAUCUCCACCCUGCUGCUGAAUGGGUACCAGACCCUAGAGGACUUCAAGGAGCUGCGGGAGACCCACCUCAAUGAGCUGAACAUCACAGACCCCCAGCACCGCGCCAAGCUGCUCACGGCUGCAGACCUCCUCCUGGAUUACGACACAGCCAGUGAGCCAGAGGAAGGCAACAGCUCCGAGGCCCAGCCAUCACCCUCUGAGCCCAAAGAGGACAUUCCCCGGGACUCGGGCUGCUUCGAGGGAUCCGAGACCCUGGAUGGGAGCCGGGACGCGGCCGAGCUGGGGAAUCCCGAGGGGCAGCUGCAGGCUCUGUCCCUGGCAGAGUCCCCCUGA